UCCCAGUAUGAGGACAGCGCGUGAGGCAACUCUCCGAGCAACAUAGCAGCUAUCUGACCUGGAGAACAUGGAGAAUAAACACCUUCAUGUGUGUUCUACACUCUGUCGAGAUAUUGUCAGAUGUUGGCGGUUAUGAGCAUUUGACGCAUUUCUGGAUUUAGCAACGUUUUGAGUGUUUCAGCAAGAGAGGAAGAGAGAGCUCCUCGCACUCUGGAGGAGAUAUUGUGCACCCUAAGCGCCUCGGAGACGCUGAUGUCUUCAUUGGACUCCUUUCAGUCGGAGAUGGUGGAACUUUCUCGGAUUUCCAACGUGGAAACGUAGCAUCCAAUUAAUCAGCGACUGCAACUGUACCCCGUGAGGCGCAGUGGCACUCGGUCCGCUUCUCUUCAACACCUACCUUUGGACUCCAAAGUGUGGAGAGACGCAUGGUUGGUGCGCCGGAUCGGAGUAUGAAAGACACAUCUGGUGCGAUAUUUCAGCAUUUUUCAAUCCGGACACAGACCACAUUUCAGUGCAUUUAAGGAUUUUUUUUCGGACUGUGGCGUUCCAUGCAGCUUUGGACUCUCAAUGAGUCGCGUCUUCUGUUUGGAUUUUAACACCAACAGCCAAGCGAGUUUCAGGUCUGCAUGGGCCAUAUUUGAGCUUUCCUUAUCGGAACUGAGUCUAAGAUGAAGUUAUGGGAUGUUUUGGCCACGUGUUUGUUGCUCCUGAGCUCUGUCGCUACACGGCCUCUCUACCGAAACACUUACCCAGCCAAGAGGACUUAUUUUCCAAGCAGCUACAGUGAUCCUGUUCCCCUGUCUGCGGAGGAGGAAGAGCCCACGUUCCACCGUGAAGACCACAACCUGCAGGACAUCUCCAUGGAGGAUCAAUAUGACACAGCAGGUCCCUAUCCGGAGCAGUUCGAUGAUGUCAUGGAUUUUAUCGAAGCUACCAUUGGCAGACUCCGAAGAUCAUCAGAUCCCAGAGGGGGCUCCAGGGGACGGAGGGAGCAAAGACAGAGGGGAGCAGCAAACACAGAAGGCACCAGGGGAGAGGGGCGAGGACAUGGAGACAGGAGGCGGGGUCGUGGGCGGGGGGGAAACCGAGGCGGCAAAGGAGGGCGAGAGCGUGAGAGGGGGAGAGAGCGGAUAUCGGUGCAGACUCGAGGCUGCUUGCUAAAGGAAGUCCACCUCAAUGUGACAGAUUUGGGGUUGGGCUACCAGACUAAAGAGGAGCUGAUCUUCCGUUACUGCAGCGGCCCCUGCGCUGAGGCAGAGACAAACUAUGACAAGAUCCUCAACAACCUCACGCACAACAAAAAGCUGAACAAGGACACGCCCUCUCGCACCUGCUGUCGACCAAUCGCUUUUGAUGAUGACUUAUCUUUCUUGGACGACAAUGUUGUGUAUCACACGUUGAAGAAGCAUUCUGCCAGGAAGUGUGGCUGUGUCUGAGGAGUCAUGGAUGUAACAAAAUGCAGUCUAGACUUCUACUAGUGAACUAAGGAUCAGCUUCACAAUCUGAUACUGUAAAGGCUGGAAUCCCAGUCUGCAAUGGGCAUCAAACAGGGCGUGGAUUGUCUCUAUUUAUUUUUGUUGCAGGUCAGUCUCUAAAGGCAUCCUCUGAGACAGAAAAGAUGCGACAAAAGAAUCUUAUACAUCUACCUUUGACAGUCCAGGCUCAGUGUUUGACUCUGCAUUCAGACACAUGCAGAAAAGUAUGAGGUAUCCACUGUUUGGCAGAUAAAAAGAUGCUGUUACCCUUCCAAAUCUGCUAAUAGUGCUGUCCAAAAAAGGUGUUAGUGAAGAUAACAAAUGACAAAGUUGGAUUGUUUUUCAAGAAGAGAUAAUUUUCCCUGGCACGUCAGUUUUUCCAAAGUUUGCUCUUAAGACUCCAAACCAACGCGGAGAUUUGAGGAGUAUUUUCAGCUGCCAUCUAAAUCACUCCAACUUCAGCGUCUGGAUGUGGACAUAAACAUCCAGAGCCAAGGGAUGACACAAAAAAAAACACACCGGAGUUAGCAAAGACUUUUGGGUGCAACGCAUCUAAAUAAAACCCAAUCAUAUAUGUAUACGAAACUAUAUAUAUAUAUAUAUAUAUACAUACACGUGUGUAUAAGAGGUAUAUUUAUUAAGAUGGAAUUAACUUAUUGUUAUUUAUUUUGAUCCAUUUUAUGAAAGAAAUUGUUGUUUUUCUUAUUUAUUGAAAAGCUUUGUCUGUCCUGGAUGGUGCCAAAGUGGAGCAUUUUCUCAAGCAAAGUCAAAAAAGGUGAUCCAGUACUGCGAAAAAUUCAACCACGCAUCCUGUUAAGGCUAAAUUGCUUCACUGAGAUUCCAGGAUUUCUCAGCAAACAAGUUCAACAAUCGUCAUUAGCUAGAAAGUUAAAGGAGUGGUGUAAGGACACACAGAGGAGGGGACCAAUAGAAGAUCUUUGAUUGAAGGGAUCUGUUGUUUUUGAGCAUUUUGAGGGACGGCAGGGUUGGUUUUAUUUUUCAUAUUAAAUGAAAUAUUUCCACUCCUUUAACAAAGUGUGACCACGACAAGACAAGGCACCUGGAUUUAGACUCCCUGUCAAACAUCACCAUACUGUAUGUUUACAAAAACACUAUUUGCUGCUGUUCAUUUUCAAGGCAACUGUAAUGUAACUCCAAACAAGAGCCAUCAUGUUUUUUAAUUAAAAUUCCCAAUCAACAUGAGGGUGGUGGUGGUCUCCCGAGGACCUGUAGGUGCCUUUGAGGAUCCAUCCCUCGAGUCACAGAGUACAGAAGCUGCUAGAAUGCCCAGCAAUGCUGAUCAGCAUUACGUUACCCGAAACCUCACUCUGGCCUCGCACCAAGUCUGAGCAAAGGCUUUGCAGCGUUUGCUGUCCCAAUAGGCUUUAAAGUUCACGGGACUGCCUGUGUUUUCUGUCUCGACUGUGACAGACAGGUCUUACUCCCUCAAAGGGGAUUUGAAAGUGAUCCUCUAACAUGAGUCUUAACCAAAUAUCCCCUUUGGCAACUUGCAUUUCGGCGAGGCAGUUUAAGUAAGAUCUAGCUACUGUAGCUGCUGUCAUCGCCAACCGAUGUAAAUAUCUAAAGACGAGGCUUACGACAAAAGGUAAUGUUUUGGAACAACAGAUAAUGGGUAGGCUCAACAUGCUUUUCUUGUGUAAUAACAUGUUCUGCCAAGAAAAUUCCAAAUUUGUACGAUAAUGUGCAGGAAAACAGGUGGCUCUUAGGAAGCUAGCAAGACCCGGCGAGGGGGAUCUUUUUAAGUGGAACAAAGAGAGCCCUCGGGUAGGUCUUGAUGUUAGCACGGAUUAGGGACCAAGGUAUCUGUGCCCACCCAGCAGCAAGCAAGCCAGCUUUACUGUGUAAUCCCCCCUGCACACAGUACAAAUCCACUGAAUCAAGCUGAAUUUAGGCCAAACACUACACAGAGAGGAAAAAAAAUUCUCCUUUAUCACAGCAUACCUCAUCAAUUGGAUCAUCUUCCCCUUUAACAACUGAUUCGUGCGUAAUCCUUUCCAGAUGAGAAUGUGCCGUUAGGAGACUUCCCAGAAGCCUUGGAGCGCCACACCACUCUUAGAUACCAUGCAUUAAUGUGUGUAAACUAUGACCACCAGCCCUCUCAUCUCUGCCACUGUUUGCUCUUGUUCCUGUUUGUUCCCUGGUGAUCAGUACUCUGGUUUUCAUGCAGAGGUAAUCAACACAUGCGAAGGAAUCCUCGGUGUUACUAAUAGAAGAUUGUUUUCACUCCUCAUUGUGUUCACACCUCUGAAGAAAAACCCUGUCAUUUCGUCUCACUUGUUUCAUGUUACAGAACCAAAGCUCUCGGCAAACUUUAUUUUUGUACAAUAUUCAUUUUAUAACUUUUUACAGAAUUAAACUUGUUUCUA